AUGGAACUAGAUCGGGCCGCCGAGGAUGAGGAGUUGAUGCUUCAAGACCAGAACGACACAGAGGAUGCUAGGCGCUUCAUCCUUGGUAGCGGCGCGCAUGCUGCUAUCGAUGUGGACUCCGAUGCUGGAACAGGGAUGGGAAUGGGAUCCUCGAGCCCGACUGACCCAAGCACGGCUUCGGCGGCUAGGGGAGGAGGAGGAUCUAAGAAAAGGUCCAAAGCGUGGGACGACUUCACAGAGGUCACCGCCAUUGAGAAAGGGAAAAUGGUAAGAAUCGCUGCCAUCUGCAAUCACUGCAAUCAGAGCCUGUCUGUUAAAUCCUCUUCUAGCAUUGGACAUUUGCUCCGCCAUAAUUGCCCUGCUAAGAAAGAAAAGGAACGUACCGGUAGAAUUCAAUCUAUUCUUAAAUAUAAUCCUGAUGGUUCUCUUGUGUGUUGGGAGUACUCUGAUGUAGUAGCACGUAAUGUAUUAUGCCGUUUGAUUGCUAGAAUUGAUCUGCCUCUUUGUUUUGCUGAAUCUGAUGCAUUUCAAGAAUAUAUUAUGAAUGCUCAUAAUCCUAGAUUUGUUAAGAUAUCUAGGCAAACUAUUGCUAGAGAUUUGAUCAAGCUUUUUAAUGAACGUAUGGAGAAACUUAUUGAAACCUUGAAAAAUUCAGUUUCAUCUAUUGCUAUUACUUCUGAUAUAUGGUGUGGUAAGGCUAAAGAGGACUACAUUAGUGUGGUUGCUCAUUUUGUCAAUUUUCAUUGGAGGUUAGAAAAGAGGUUACUUGGUUUAAGGCCAAUUGAAGUGGUACAUACUGGCAGGAACAUUGCUGAUAGAGUUGCCACGGUGGUAGAUGAUUAUGACAUUGCUGAUAAAAUAUUUUCUAUUGUUCUUGACAAUGCCUCAGCUAAUAGAACUGCAGUAUCUGUUCUAAAACCUGUGUUUUCUAAGUAUAUUGGCCAUUUAAUUCCUCCUGAGGAUAAAGAAGAAGAUGACUUAUCUGCUAUUCUCUUGCAUCAGCGCUGUAAUGUUCCAGAGGCAUGGGAUGAUAUCUAUGAAGAUGAUGUCUUGCCUGGAAGGCCAACAGGUACUCCUGUAUCUGUAUCAUCUACUGCUGCUGCUAUAUCUGAGUUGUCUUCAUAA